AGUCAUUUCUAUCCUACACGUGCAUUUAAAUACCGUAAUAAGCAAACGUUUCGACAAGCAGCCUAGUAUGGCAAGAGGAGAAGGGGUCGAACAACUUCCCGCCACUUUGUGUCCAUCUUUUAAACAUUUAAGCCGAGAUGGAGUCAAAAUUGCCAUGAAGAAGCCAACAGGCCUGUCUGUCAGCAGUAAACUCUGUUAUGCCAUUGGGGGAGCCCCAUAUCAGAUCACAGGAAGUGCUUUGGGCUUCUUCCUGCAGAUCUACUUGCUGGACGUGGCUCAGCUGGACCCAUUCUACGCAUCCAUCAUUCUGUUCAUGGGCCGUGUGUGGGAUGCUGUGACCGACCCAACCGUGGGCUUUCUCAUCAGCCGGAGCCCAUGGACGCGUCAUGGACGCAUGAUGCCCUGGAUCAUGUUAUCAACACCGUUCGCAGUGAUGAGCUACUUUAUGAUUUGGCUGGUACCGCCGGUAGAGCAGGGCAAGGUGGUGUGGUACCUGUUCUUCUACUGCAUCUUCCAGUCUAUGCAGACGUGUUUCCAUGUGCCUUACUCUGCCUUGACCAUGUUCAUCACUUCAGAGCAGAAGGAGAGAGAUUCUUCCACAGCAUAUAGGAUGACUGUAGAGGUGCUGGGUACUCUAAUUGGAACUGCCAUUCAGGGCCAGAUAGUGGGUGGGGCAAACGCUCCCUGUCUGAAUCACACCUUCUCCCCAAAUGCCAGCUAUAGCAUCAUACAGAUCCCCAACAUCAGCAUCUCUCAGAUCUCAUUGGAUGACACAAAGCGGGCAUACAUGCUGGCCUCGGGUGCGAUUGGCAUCAUCUACUUGUUUUGUGCCGCCGUGCUCUUCCUGGGUGUACGAGAGAAAAAAGCUGUGUCGAGAGUGCGGGUGGAGCGGCGUACGUCCUUCUUCAGUGGAUUGCUGCUGUUGUGGAGACACAGACCUUAUGUUAAGCUGGUCAUAGGAUUCCUCUUCACCUCAUUGGGUUUCCUGCUACUUGAAGGGAACUUUGCGUUGUUCAUCACCUACACACUCGGGUUUCGGGACGAUUUCCAGAAUGUUUUGCUGGCUAUAAUGCUAUCUGCGACCCUCACCAUUCCCCUAUGGCAACUCUUCCUCACACGAUUUGGUAAAAAAACAUCAGUGUACAUCGGCAUCUCGUGGGCAGUUCCCUUUAUGAUCCUGGUGGUGUGUGUUGAGAGUAAUCUCAUCAUAACAUACAUUGUCUCCUUGGCGUCAGGGAUCAGCGUGGCCGCUGCCUUUUUCCUGCCAUGGUCAAUGCUGCCAGACGUGGUCGAUGACUUUAAAGUGAACAAUCCAGACUCUCAAGGGCAUGAAGCCGUUUUCUACUCUUUCUAUGUUUUCUUUACCAAGUUUGCCUCUGGAAUCUCCCUCGGAAUCUCAACACUUUGUUUAUACUUCGCGGGUUACGUGACCCGGGGAUGCACCCAGCCAGAUUCGGUACAUUUAACACUAAAGAUAUUGGUCUCGGCUGCUCCCAUCACUUUCAUCGUCCUCGGUCUCAUCAUCUUCAAAACCUACCCCAUCAACGAAGAGAGGAGACGGCACAACUGUGGGCAACUUCGCACGCUGCUCCAGGACAGCAACGACCCGGACUCCGAAAACUCCGAGUCGUCAGACUUACGAAAUGCUGUUUAAAACUAACGAAAGCUAAACUAAAACACAGCACACACUGUCAACUCUAACCUGUAAGGGGUGUGUGGGCACCACAGGUGAGUGCCACUGACCGAGUCAGCAGAGGAAAGGAAGUAACUGUCUUCACAUGGCAGUGAACCAAGUGGGCUGCCACCACAGAAGAGCUUCCCCAUGGAGAGCUGUCUGCUGUUGUAAUCGAGCAUACUGUUUUCCCCCUGUUGGAAUGAGAGAAACUGCAGCUGGGUAGUUUGCGGUUUCAUUUUUAUUAAUUGGCGAUCUCGGGAUCCAUAUAAAUAAAUAACCAAAUUCAACUGGAGUAGUAAUGAGGAACACAGCUGCAAGAUCAUGUUUUCUGAGGCAUUAAAGAAACAAGCAAAAAAAAAGCAUCUGACCCUAAAGAACAGUCCAAUUGCUUUAUCCAAAAUGGCUUUUGAACAUUUUACAAAUUCUAAAUGUUUGAGUCUGACUGCACCUCCUAGCAAUGUUUUCAUGGCUUUCUGAAGCUGUGUGUGUGACUAAAAGCAGAACCAUGACAUCAUGACUUUAGUAAUCACCCCCCCCCCCAAAAAAAAAAAACCAAAACAAAA